AUGGCUUCAUCGACGAGGAAAACCCCUCAAUUAGAGGUUCCUUCACCCUUCGUUGAGCGACCCAAGCUGAAUACCACCAGGACCACUACCCACCGUCUUCCUCCCCCGGCACUCUUCCAGGGUCCUCCAUCCAAGAAUGCCUCACACAUUUCCCUUGCUCUCCCCGGUGACCGUGUCCCCGGGGCACCGGGUGUUGAAACAGAGCACCAACAUCGGAUCAAGCGACCGUCUCGCGUUCCGCCGGCUUCGUCGUUCUCGGGGCCCUCCCUUCGCCAACCCGCAGCGGAAGCCGAUAACCAACGGGCCGAGAAUCUCUGGGCGGAGAUGCAAAAGACGCUUGCCGACGUAGAGCUUUCGGCGAUGAACACGUCGCACGUCUUCGGAGCAUCGCACGCCAAGGCUCUGGAAGAUCUCCGUACAGCACAGCUGUCGUUAGCGCAGACCUGGGCCAAAAGCGAAGCGGAUGAACUGCACGAGCACGAUCUCGACACAGAUGCAGGCCAAGCGAAUGUCGGCACUCUCGAAACAGGGUCAAGUCCAAGUCAGGGACCGAAGGGUACCAAUGGGAAACCUAGUGCAUUUACCAAUAAUAAGAACCUGGAAGAGGAGACGGAACGAGACAUUCAAUUAGCCCGCAAGCGAAGGGAGGCAAAUGAUCGGUAUUUCCAACAGGUCAAUCGGGGCGUGUUGGAUGUGGUGAAUAAGCUGGACGAAGUGGCGGGGGCGAUGAGGCGGGUGGAGAGAGAGUCCCGGGAAAUCUGGGACGAGUCGAGUGAUGAGAGUAUCAGUGGUAGCGAAGAUGGUUCGGCUACAGAUCAUACCGGGUUGACAGAUAGUCCAGUGUCAGUGCGGAAACAAACUUGA